AUGACGCGAGGCAGAGGUCAAGGUAACACAACUCGUGCAAGCAAGACCUUAAUUAGAGGUCGAGCUCCUACUAGUUCGCCUCCUGUUCAAACAUUAGCUCAUGGUAGUACUCCAUCUGUUAAUUUUGAAACACCUCCUGUAAUAUCUAAUCAGAGCAAUGCAAUAGGCGAAAGUGCAUCUACUCAAAGAAAUGUGAUAAGGGAGGCGACUACAUCUAGCCAGAACAACACAAUAGGUGAAGGUGAGAGUAAUAAUAAUUCUGGACAGCAGACACUUGUUUUUCUUUCUCAUUUCGGUUUGGAACCUUCAAAUAUUUGCUCUACCAGGAUAUGUGAGUCUUUCAAGAGUGAACUUGAUCCCAAUGAAAUUAAUUGGAAAAGUGUCUCACAAGAAAUACGAGAUUUUUAUCUCGGAGAAUUCAAGGUAUUCUAUUGGGAUCCUUCCAUUGAUAGUGAAGUGAAGAUACUAUGGCGUAAGAAGGCAGCGAGAAGGUAUAGUCAUUUUAUUUCUUGCAUAAAAAAGGAAGCAAUUCGGCCAAAAUAUGUUCCGGAAGAAACAUGGGAAAGUUGGAUGAGAUUUUGGAAAGAUCCCAAGGUUAUUGAACCGUCAAAAAUAAAUUCAAAAAACCGUUGUGGCGGUCAGAAUGUUGUUGCAAAGGGGACUCACACGGGAGGCUCUAUUACUAUUGGAGAGCAUCGUAAGAGACUUGCUAUUGAAAAGGGUCGAGAUCCAACACCAAGUGAGUUACAUUUGCAUGUCCAUACACAUGGUCAUGAUGGAAAAUCUUUUGUUGGUGAACGAGCUCGAAAUAUGCAUGAAAAGUAUCUAGAAAUACUACAUAAUCAAACACAAACUCAAUCUAAUGUUGAUCAAUUGCAAGCAUAUUAUCAAGUCGUAGGAGGGGAGAAGAAAAUAAGGAUAUAUGGUCUUGGAGCGCAAGAUAAAUCAUUUUAUGGGACGAAUCUUUGUGCCUCAGCUUCUAGAAUUGAUGCUUCAUCCUCAGUACCAUGUACGAAUGCUCAAACAAUAGCAACAGAAAAUUUGGAUGACUUUAUGACACGAUUGAUUCCUUCACUGACUGGUAAAAUGCUUCCUGUACUUUUUGAGCGUGUACGUGGAUUGAUUUCUUCAACCUCAUCUCAGCCAAACACACAUAUGACUCUUGUAACUUCUACUCCAACUAAUGUUGAUAAGGCUCAUGCAUCAGUUUCGGAUGAAGAUUAA